CGCGCGCAGGGCCCGCGGGCGCCUUAAGCGGCUUAGUCGGCGGCGACUGAGGCUGAAGUGGCGGCGCGGGAGGAAAUGGGGAGCGGCGGCGUGAUCCACUGUAGGUGUGCCAAGUGUUUCUGUUAUCCUACAAAACGAAGAAUAAGAAGGAGACCCCGAAACCUAACCAUCUUGAGUCUCCCUGAAGAUGUGCUCUUUCAUAUCCUGAAAUGGCUUUCUGUUGGGGACAUUCUUGCUGUUCGAGCUGUGCACUCCCACCUGAAGUACCUGGUAGACAACCAUGCCAGCGUGUGGGCAUGUGCCAGCUUCCAGGAGUUGUGGCCUUCUCCAAGGAACCUGAAGUUCUUUGAAAGGGCUGCUGAAAGGGGAAAUUUUGAAGCUGCUGUGAAGCUGGGCAUCGCCUACCUCUAUAAUGAAGGCUUGUCUGUGUCUGAUGAGGCCCGUGCAGAAGUGAACGGCCUAAAGGCUUCUCGCUUCUUCAGUCUCGCCGAGCGACUAAAUGUCAACGCUGCGCCUUUCAUCUGGCUCUUCAUCCGCCCGCCGUGGUCAGUGUCUGGAAGCUGCUGCAAGGCCGUGGUACAUGAGAGUCUCAGGGCAGAGUGCCAGCUGCAAAGAACUCACAGAGCGUCCAUACUGCACUGUUUGGGGAGAGUGCUGAGUCUCUUUGAGGAUGAAGAGAAAAAGCAGCAGGCCCGUGACCUGUUUGAAGAGUCUGCUAAUCAGGGAUGUUUGACCAGCUCGUACCUCCUCUGGGAAAGUGACAGAAGGAUGGAUAUGUCUGAUCCCGGACGAUGCCUCUACAACUUCCGGAAACUCAGGGACUAUGCUGCCAAAGGCUGCUGGGAAGCACAGCUGUCUUUAGCCAAAGCCUGUGCAAAUGGAAACCAACUUGGACUAGAAGCGAAAGCUUCCCAUGAGAUAGUCUGCCAGCUGUUUCAGGCCUCCCAGGCUGCCAGUAAGCAAGAGGUCUUUUCCCUGCAGAAGGGACUCAAUGACACCAUGAGGUACAUUCUAAUCGACUGGCUGGUAGAAGUCGCCACCAUGAAGGACUUCACAAGCCUGUGCCUUCACCUGACCGUGGAAUGUGUGGACCGGUACCUACGGAGGAGGCUGGUGCCCCGGUACAGGCUCCAGCUGCUAGGCAUCGCCUGCAUGGUCAUCUGUACCCGGUUCAUUAGCAAAGAGAUCCUGACGAUCCGGGAGGCGGUGUGGCUCACGGACAACACGUACAAAUACGAGGACCUGGUGAGGAUGAUGGGAGAGAUCAUUUCCGCCCUGGAAGGGAAGAUUCGAGUCCCCACUGUGGUUGAUUACAAGGACAUCCUGCUGACGCUGGUCCCUGUGACGCCAAGAACCCAGCACCUGUGUAGCUUCCUCUGCGAGCUCUCCCUGCUGCACACCAGCCUGGCCGCCUACUCUCCAGCCCGCCUGGCCGCAGCCGCCCUGCUCCUGGCGAGGCUGACACAUGGGCAGACACAGCCCUGGACCACUCGGCUGUGGGACCUCACUGGGUUCUCCUGUGAAGAUCUCAUACCCUGUGUCUUGAGCCUUCAUCAAAAGUGCUUCCAUGAUGACGUCCCCAAGGACUACCGGCAAGUCUCUCUGACUGCCGUGAAACAGCGAUUUGAGGACAAGCGCUACGAGGAGAUCAGCCGAGAAGAGGUGCUGAGCUACGGACAAGUGUGUGCAGCUCUAGGAGUGAAGCAAGAGAGCCCGGAACCUGCGUCUUUCCUCAGCACAGGGGACAUUCAUGCCUUCCUCAGCUCUCCCUCCGCGAGGAGAACCAAACGGAAGCGAGAGAACAGCCUCCAGGAGGACAGAGGCAGCUUCGUCACCACGCCCACCGCGGAGCUGUCCAGCCAGGAGGAGACACUACUGGGCAGCUUCCUGGACUGGAGCCUGGACUACUGCUCCGGCUACGAGGGCGACCAGGAGAGUGAGGGCGAGAAGGAGGGUGAUGUGACGGCCCCCAGCGGCAUCCUUGAUGUCACUGUGGUAUAUCUGAACCCAGAACAGCACUGCUGCCAGGAAUCGAGUGACGAGGAGGCCUCCCAGGAGGGUGUGGGAUGCCAGGACCUGCACACCUUGGCGCCAAACACCCAGACGCCUCCGGCCCCAGGGCCUGAGCCCCCUGUCUGCAGAAGCAGAGAGCUGGGCAAGGACAUUACAACCUCAGGGUACUCCUCCAUCAGUAGCACAAGUCCCACAAACUCCGGGGACGGUAGCCCUCCCCAAUCUACCUCAGCACUGUCCCCAGGCAGUGACUCGAACACACAGCCUUGCCACCAUCACGCCAGAAAGUCAUGUUUACAGUGUCGACCCCCAAAUUCCCCGGAGAGCAGCGUUCCCCAGCGAGAGGUGAAGAGGAAAAACCUGUCCGCCCCCAGGGAGGAGGAGGAGGACACAAACCUGGGCUUCCUGAAGUUGUGAGUGUGUCAGAAUGUUUGCCACAGUGAAUGUUUGCUGAAAGCGGGCUGCUGUUGCGUUAGUGAAGGGUGGGGCACGGGAGAUGGACGAUGUGUAGAACCCCCGGUGGCCUCACACUGGGGACAGAGUGGAGAACUCGGCACACUAAGUGUCUUUCACCAGAGGAGUCCAUUUGAGCCAUCAGAAGGUCUAAAUCAGAACAAAACGUCAGGUCCUUCCUUUGCAAAGUUUAGCCUCAAAGCAAUCUCGCCGCGUAAAGUCUAUUUUUCUGUCUCCUCCUGUCUCUGUCCUGCUUUCUCUGGGAAGCUUGAGCUCAUAUCCUGAUAAUCCCAGCACCUCUGAACCCCAUCUCAGAAGCUGGCAGCUUUCCCAGUUGAGAACACAUGUGACCCAAGUAGCCUGGCACAGCUACUUGCCUACAUCUCCCCACAUUCGUGUGGAGUUCUAGGGAGAGCUGACAGCUCUGAGUACACCAACGUUCCUGCACCCACCUUGGCCUGCCUGGGGCAUCCAUUCCCUUCCUCACAGGGUAGAGGGUCCCAUGGUGAGGGAGCCCUGCCCUGUGCAUUGUCAUGGACUGUGUGUGACCACCAGGCAUACGGGCCCUGACUUUCUGCAGGCCAGAGCCUCGACGUCUCGGUCAUACCUGUACGCCCCCUCCCUCCUGCACUCCCAGCUCAUUUCAGAAAUCUGUGCCACCUUCUGGAAUGAUCGGUCUGAGUCCCCAGUAGGUGGUGUCUGUGUGAACAUCUCCGUUUGCACUGAAUUUCUGGACCAUUUCUUUUCCUGUAUUUCCAUCCUUCAUUCUUCUUCUAAGAUGCAAAACAAAAGAAAAAUUAAAAUAGAAGGUAUUACAUUUUAAAAAACAAGAGAUUCUUAACAUUAUUUAGACUCAACUAAAAAAAGAAAAUCUGAUUCAAACCCCUCACUUCUUUAUGCUGAAAGAAUUUUCCUAGAGAGGUUAGCCAGGGGAAAAAAAAAUUAAACAUCAUUUAGUAACUGAGGCGACCCAGAUACAAAAGAGCAAGAUUCUGAGAGCCUGUUGGGUGAGGCGGGGUCUGCUGUGGGUUCCUGAGAAUCAUGAGCCGAGAGAUUCGGGCUCCUCCAGGGGCAGCAGCCAAAACACCUGAGGGAUCUGCCCAAGACUGACCUGACCUCUGUGCCCAGUUGUGUUGACCACCGACACUUGCCCUACUGUGAUAGCUUUUGUUUCCCCUCAAAAUGUCAGAAAGGGCCGACCACUUGGCCAGGAGUGUCCCCCAAAUGCUCUUGAACCAAAACUAUAUGGGACAUGGAAAUGCUGACUCAGUGGUGGCUUUUCUGGGUGUGGGUGUGUGUGUGUGUGUGUGUGUGUGUGUGUGUGUGUCUGUGUCCCAGUAGGAGCUGUCUUUGCUACUGUAAGAGAAUUCUGAACACUCCAGGUUGGGCGUGGCUGGGGUGAGGGGACCCCAACAUUGGGAUUGCAGACCUCUCCUGUUGGCUAUGUGGCCCCUGGGCAUGUGUGAGUUUCAGUUUCCUCAUCUGUAAGAUGGGGCAAUAAUACCUACCUCACAGGGGUGUUGUGAGGAUUAAAUGUGAUGAGGAUAGUG